AUGGACCUCUCUCUGCUCUCACCAAUGCCAUGUACUGAGCUCGCUCUCCUCCUCGAGCCAAAUGCUCCCGCCCAACAACCAGUUUCCUGCCCCAGCGACCUAUCCUCCAUGUAUUGUGGUCUAACAUUUGCCUCGGUAAUCUUUAAUAUAAUUAGAUUUCACCGCAUGAUGUUCUUUACCCCAGCCGAGCAUAGUGUGCUGUCGCGCCGUCGAUUUCCACGAAGUGGCCAGCCCGAGCCGAUUCCCCAAUGUGUCAACGACUACGUCCACUGCGUGAUCCUGUGGGACAUGACCAAUCCACUGCCUCAUCAACACAUCGAGAUCUUUGAGCAAAGGAUUGCGAUUUUGGAGCUGCGGUGGGGCUAUUCUUUAUCAUUUCGUUCCAACAAUUCAUUAAAACUCCUAUUUAUCUGCAAGAUACACGCAAUAGGAAAAGAAACUAACAGAAUAUGGCACAAUGAAAGGAAAAUAAUACUGCUGGAAAUAUUUGUGAGAUCAUGA